GAAUUACUUGAACUGUAUAAAAAAAAAUGGUGUUUUUUUUAGGGCAGGUUACGAAGCUUACGUUUGUUUGCUUUUUUUUUCAUUUUUGAUUUUUUUAAAUGCCACCAAUCUAAAGGUGUGUGUUCUAGUACGUUAUGUUACUAUCCGAGGAGUAUCCAACAAUUUGUCGUAUUGUCUGUCUGUCUUUUUAUUAAUAAGAGUACGCAAAUACUAAUUAAUAGAUGUUGGCAGAUAUACGUCUACAAAAGGUUGAAUACAUUUCGAGUGAAAAGAUAAAAGGUCAAGGCCAAAGUUCACGAAAAUUUGAAAACAAUUAAUCUUACACCUCGACCAAAAGAAAUAUAUUUAAUCGCCCGUGUCGCCCAUAAACGCCUGCUUGUAUUAUUCAGUAUACAGACAUAGGGCGUGUACUGGCUACAAUGAAACGAUAUCCUUACAUCGUCAUCUGUGUAUACAUUGUAACUUCAGUGGGAUGUAAUUUAACAGGUGCCGCUAAAUUAGAGCAUUCUAGAAAGAAACACAGUCCAGGUGCAGGUGGUGGACCAGGUGGUGUAAAUUGUGGACGAGGUGAUUUAGUUUCUCGAUGCAAGAUUGAUGUUGAUUACAAUAUAUUGUUUCGGAUGAUGACAUUGGAUGAAAAUUCUCCAUCUUUUGAAUUCGUUCCAUUCGACUAUGACACUUCAAGAUCAGAGGCAGUCCAGUUUUGUCCUACAGGCACACACUUUGCAGUCAUCAUUGACGCAGUGGUAUUGGACAAUGCAGCAGCAAAAGCGUUUGGCAUUGGUCGUGAUAUCAACUACUGGGUUGAUGUAAGUCUCGAUUUAGAUAAUGUCAGCAGCUUCUUGCUACAAAGUACCCAGUGCAUGUGCUUUAAUAAUGACUUCCAUAUUCAUACCGACGAGUCCACAUUCAUGGAGGUUAAGGCAGAUAGAUAUAAAAUAAAAAAGAAGAAGUCAAUGGACAAAAAGAUGAUGAGAGGUGUCAUUUGUCAAAAAGAUGAAGUGACAACGACAAAACCACAGGCACCCACCCCAUCAUCUAAGUCCACAUCUAGCUUUGGAGCAAGUAUAUCUCAGUCUAAUACGAUCCUGUCCCACCAGAACCCUACAGUCAGUAUUGCCAACACAAUUACAGAAAUGAACGUAGGUCUACCGACAAAUCCAGCGUCAACACAGAAAGCAUUCGAUUGGAUAAUAUUUCUUCUAUGCGUCAUUGCAAUUACGCUAAUAAUUGGUUUGUUCGUAGGCUGUGUAAUUUGCUGGAGAAUAAAAUCUAAAAAACACCAAACACAUGACAAUCAUACGACUGUAGCAUGUGCUAUCAAACCAUACUCAGUAGAUAGUUCGAUGAUUCCUUCAGCCCCACCAGCCUACGAAUCACCAGAAGGCAUCAAGCACCCUCCUGCAAACCCGGUCAGAAAGAGUGGCAUUCCAGCCGAGAUAGGUGUGUAUUCCGGCUACGAAAUCCCGAUGGAAAACCCACAAGCAUCACACUUUCAACAACCAGCUGGACUAUACAAUGGCAGUACUGGGUAUGCGGAUAUGGGAUCUCCUUCUGGAUUCGAAAACCAACCCGGUGACAUGUAUGAUGAGUUGCAGCUAGGUACCUGUACAUCUCAAGCGGAAUAUAGCUACGCAUACGCCGACAGAAAGACAAUUGUCGACCAACUACAUGAUAUGCCGAACCAACGUAACUAACUACUGAGGAAACUGGCUUUAGAACACGACCCAGUACAGAAAAAUGAAAAAAAAAAAUUUAACUGUAAUGCUAUCUCUAUUUAUUGUUACUGUAUGGUAAUUGAACCAGGGGUGUCC